AUGUCUCUAGCUGACAAGGCUCACCAAUGGGAGAAGAGCUUGCCCCAUGGCACAAUCACCACUUGGGAUGAAUGCAAAAAGGCUUUUCUUGCCAAAUUUUUCUCCACCGGUCGCACAGCCAAGCUUAGAGGGGAGAUAUCCAGCUUCAUUCAGCGCAACAAUGAGACAUUCGCAGAAGCUUGGGAGAGAUUCAAAGGGUACACAAGUCAGUGCCCACACCAUGGAUUCAACAAUGAAUCACUACUCUCCACUCUUUAUAGAGGAUGUUUGCCUAGGUGUCAAGGAGCCAGCUCGACCGAGCUCGAUCGAGCUAGAAACCAGGGCAACUCGAUCGAGCUACACAACUCGACCGAGCAUCCUUUCCAGCUCUUAAUACUUGAAUUAGGUACUUUAGUGAAGAAACAGAGUAACAAGAUGACAAACAGUGAGGGAAGCCGUGCUUCACAAGGAGAAUGGUUGAGGGUGAAUCAAGCAAUGCAAGAAGCAAGGCUUAAGAUGCAAGCCGAUUUGGAGAAGGAUGGAUCAGAGAUGGAAGAGUCUGAUGCAGAGGAGUAUGUCUACUCUGAGGAACAGUCUGAGAGUGAGAUUGAGGGAAGAAAGGAGAACCAAGAAGAGGAAUGA